CUCGGUGUGUGUGUGUGUGUGUAUGUGUGUGUGUCAUGUCUGCUGUUCUUCUUUCUUCUGCUGUCUCUGUCGCGCCACGUUGAUCGAGCGAUUCUCCAUCAGACGCAGUGUUGCUUCAUGUCCUCCUCGUGAGCGUGCGCUGUGAUUGGUCCUGCUGAGCGUGCGCUCUGAUUGGCCGGCUCCUCCUCAUCAGCAUCAGUGUGUGCUGGGCUUUUGUCUGGGCCUGAUCCUGAUCCUGAUCCGCGGCUGAGGUCCGGCCCGCCGGAGGACUGACGGAUGUGUGUGUGCACGGGUUGGUGUGUUGUGCGUUGAUGAGCCCUGCUGUGUAGCUCGCCCGCCCCACCCCCCCACCCCGCUCCCUCUCCUCCUGGAUAGCCAUGUUUGGCACCGAGUCCUCAUUGAGCAUGUUCCUCAACACUUUGACCCCCAAGUUCUACGUGGCGUUGACGGGCACCUCAUCCCUCAUCUCAGGACUCAUUCUGAUCUUCGAGUGGUGGUAUUUCCGGAAGUACGGCACGUCAUUCAUCGAGCAGGUUUCGGUCUCUCACCUGCGUCCUCUGCUCGGGGGAGUCGACACCAGUUCUCCCAGCAACACCAGUGCCAGUAAUGGAGACGCCGACUCCAGCCGGCAGAGCGUCUCAGAGUGUAAGGUUUGGAGAAAUCCACUCAAUCUGUUCAGAGGAGCCGAAUAUAACCGGUACACGUGGGUAACGGGGCGAGAGCCGCUCACAUACUACGACAUGAAUCUCUCAGCGCAGGAUCAUCAGACGUUCUUCACCUGUGAUUCUGAUCACCUGCGGCCUGCAGACGCCAUCAUGCAGAAGGCCUGGAGAGAGAGGAAUCCUCAGGCUCGGAUCACGGCGGCUCAUGAAGCUCUGGAUCUGGAGGAGUGUGCGACGGCGUAUGUUCUCCUGGCGGAGGAGGAGGCCACGACCAUCGUGGAGGCGGAGAAGCUCUUCAAGCAGGCGCUGAAGGUGGGAGAGAUCUGUUACCGGCGCAGUCAGCAGCUCCAGCACCACGGGGCCCAGUACGAGGCCCAGCACAGAAGGGACACAAACGUGUUGGUCUACAUCAAGAGAAGACUCGCCAUGUGCUCCAGAAAGCUCGGCCGCACGCGAGAAGCCAUCAAGAUGAUGCGAGACUUGAUGAAGGAGUUUCCUCUGCUCAGCAUGUUCAAUAUCCACGAGAACCUGCUGGAGUCUCUUCUGGAGCUGCAGAACUACGCUGAUGUUCAGGCCGUGCUCGCCAAAUACGACGACAUCAGUUUGCCAAAGUCUGCCACGAUCUGCUACACCGCAGCGCUUCUGAAGGCCAGAGCCGUGUCCGAUAAGUUCUCUCCAGAGGCGGCGUCACGGAGAGGUUUGAGCACUGCAGAAAUGAAUGCAGUGGAAGCCAUACACAGAGCCGUGGAGUUCAACCCACACGUACCCAAAUACCUCUUAGAGAUGAAGAGCCUGAUCCUGCCGCCGGAGCACAUCCUGAAGCGCGGAGACAGCGAGGCGAUCGCGUACACCUUCUUCCACCUGCAGCACUGGAAGCGCGUCGAGGGGGCGCUCAACCUGCUGCACUGCACCUGGGAGGGAACUUUCAGGAUGAUCCCGUAUCCUCUGGAGAAAGGACACUUGUUUUACCCGUAUCCGGUGUGCACCGAGACCGCCGACCGCGAGCUGCUGCCCACAGUGUUCCACGAGGUGUCGGUGUACCCUAAGAAAGAGCUGCCGUUCUUCAUCCUGUUCACGGCGGGUCUCUGCUCGUUCACGGCGAUGCUAGCGCUGCUCACGCACCAGUUCCCGGAGCUCAUGGGAGUGUUCGCUAAAGCCUUUCUGAGUACGCUGUUCGCGCCGCUGAACUUCAUCAUGGAGAAGGUGGAGAGUAUUCUUCCCUCGAGUCUGUGGCACCAGCUCACACGGAUCUGACACACACACACACACACGACUGAGGUGCCAAUUCUUCAGAAGUGCCGACAGACAGGAAACAGGAGAGACUCGGACAUCAUCAGGAGAAAGGAACUCAUUCCCUCUUAAUCUCAUGUAAAACUUUCUGUCUCAAACUUUUAAAGGCCAUCCGUAUAAUAUAAAGAAAAAAUAAACCGAUUUCUGUACCGCUGCAAACACACGUCCUCUUCAUUGUCCUCUUCUCCUCGCUGCCACUUCCUGUUCUCAGGUUUGUCUGAAUAUUGAUGGAAAUAACUCCCACAAUGCAGUGCUGAUGUGAAAACAUGGCGUUUUUGUUUAGUAUUCAGGAGCGUGACACUCGUGUAGAGGUGUGUGUUUCACCAGUUCAUGAUGUUAUGCUGUUCUCGGACGCGUGAUGUUGAUCACCUGACCACGGGAACAGACGUUAAACACUUCCUCUUUAUAAAGAGACGCCUUCCAGUAAAACACUCACACUUCCUGUGA